AUGGACCAACUAUUAUUGGAUGACGUGGAAGCCAUAGCUGUUGCACAUGCGCUAUUUAAAAGACACCAGCAAAAAAAAAAAAUUUCGAAGCGACGGUAUUGGGUACAUCCGAUCAACUUAAAAAGGCCACAAGAAGGCCAGUUCAAUGUCAACUUUAUGGUACUUCGAGCACAUCCAGAGGAGUUUUUCAAGUACUACCGAAUGUCUGUACAAUCGUUUGACGAGUUGAUUUCAUUAAGUGGACCAUUGAUAUCGAAACAAUCAACAAAUAUGCGCAUUCCAAUUUCAAAAGAAGAAAGGCUGACAAUUACUUUGAGGUAA